AUGAAUGCCAUCAUCUACAUUGUAGAUGACACCUAUGUUAAAGAGGAAGAAGAGGAUCCGUGGCCCCUUCACGUCAAAGAUGAACAAGAGAAUCAACAGUCCUUUCAUGUGAAAGAGGAAAUGACAGAUCCAAUGCCCGCCUGUGUGAAGGAGGAGGAGGACGCCGUUCACAUCAGCAAGUUGUCACCGAGCUGCGUCUCUGUGGACCAACCCCCCGAGUGGUCGAAGCUUAAUCAUCAGAGCGCAAGUGGAGAUGGACGUGGAGGGCCGUCACCGGACGACCUGUUAGCGCCUCUGUCGGAGAGCGACGACUUGGAAGAACCUUUGACUUGCGACGCAGACCACCAAGGCAAGCGGUUGAAAUGCUCCGGAAAGAAGACAAAUCUUAGCAACAAGGAAACGUCACAAACAAGCAAAAAACGUCUUCCCUGUUCAGUUUGUGGCAAAAGUGUUGCUCAGCAACAUUUGUACAGACACAUGAGAACACACACUGGAGUAAAACCCUUCAGUUGCUCAUUUUGCAGUAAAACGUUCACUACAAAAGACCAAAUGGAGUCACACACGAGAAUACACACAGGGGAGAACCCUUUCAGUUGCUUGGUUUGCGCUAAAACAUUCAUCCAAAAGGCAAAUAUGAUUCGACACAUGAGAACACACACAGGAGAAAAACCAUUUAGUUGCUCAACUUGCGGGAAAGCAUUUGCCCUAAAAGAACAUGUGGAUUCCCACAUGAGAGUGCACACGAGGGAAAAACCCUUUUGUUGCUCAAUUUGUGGUCAAACAUUCACCCUGAAAAAAAACCUAGCGCCACACAUAAGAAUACACAUGGCAGGGAAACCUUUUAGCUGCUCGACGUGCGCUAAAACCUAUUCUCGAAAAGACUAUUUGGAAACACACAUGAAAACACACACAGGAGAAAAACCCUUCUGUUGCUCCGUGUGCGGGAAACUCUUCACUCUGAAGCGAAACCUGGUACCACACAUGAGAAUACACACAGGAGAAAAACCCUUCCCUUGCUCAAUUUGUGGAAAAAGUUUCACUCUCAAGCAAACCAUGGAAUUACACAUGACAACACACACAGGGGAAAAACCAUUCCGCUGCUCCUUGUGCGAUAAAACAUUCGCUGAUAAGUCAAAUAUGAAAUUGCACAUGAAGACCCACGCGGGAGUUAAAAACUGUUAGUUGAUCACUUUGUGGUUUUUGACUCCAAGUGAAGCCACACAAGCAAAGGAGAAUGAAUGUCUGAUGGAAAUUCUCCGCACUUUUCUAACAUCCAAAGCAAGGUUAUUUUCUUUAACGAAAAUUAACACAACUCCAAAAAAAUUGAGAACAAACUUUUUGUGAACAAACUCAAAUAAAAAUGCUUUUGAAAU